AUGUCUCCUGUUCAUGCUCUUGACCGCUAUUAUCUCAUUUUGACCCUGCUGGUCACUAUUGGAUACCAACUCUCAGGAUUCGCCAUUGCAUGGAGUCUGCAGUUCGAUAAGAUCACUGAUUUUACUGGAGGAUCUAAUUUCUUUCUUCUAGCUCUACUCACUUUGUUAGCCGGAAACACUUUCUAUGCCAGAAAUAUAGUUGCCAGUGUGUUAGUAAUGCUAUGGGCGGUCAGAAUCGCCGGGUUCCUCCUCUUUCGUGUGCUCAAAAUGGGUAGCGACAGUCGUUUCGACGACAUCCGCUCUCAUUUCUGGAAGUUUUUAGGGUUUUGGAUCGGUCAAAUACUCUGGAUAUGGACUGUCUCGCUGCCUCUCACGAUUUUGAAUUCCCCCGGAGUAUCUGAAUUGCAGAGAGGUGGGUCAAACCCAAAGUUUGGAACCUCCAGAGACAUCGCGGGUAUUGUGCUUUGGGCGCUUGGCUUCUUGAUAGAAUCCAUCGCGGAUGCCCAAAAGUUUUACUACAAAUCUCGCAAAGUGAUACCGAAAGGCCAGCCCACCAAUGACUGUGGGCAUGGUCUCGCCAUCCACCCUACUUCGGCGAGUAAGCACACCACUCUCAUGAGUCUGCUCCUGAUACCCGAAGUCGAAACUCACGAAUCUGCCAGAAUAAUAUGCUGGUGGGGCAUAUGGAUUCUAUGCCUAUCCCCAACGACCAACGGAAACCUUCCUUCUUCCUCCCGUGCAGCACAAUACGGGGCCAUCAUGUCCCCAAUCUUCACCACGUUGCUUCUCAUGUUCGGGUCAGGCAUCCCAACCGCAGAAAAGCCCACCGCGAAAAAGUUCUACCUUCUCUCCCAUGGGCCCUCCGAGUCCACCACUAGCAGCACCGCUUCCGAUUCUCACAUCUGGGCGAAUUACAAGGCAUACCUCCGACAAACAUCCAUCCUCAUACCCCUCCCCCCGUUCCUGUACCGUCCUCUCCCGUCGUUCAUCAAGCAGACCGUUCUUUUGGACUUCCCCAUAUACCGGUUCGACGAGUCCUCGGACGGUGUGGCGGCCGUGGAAGAAGCACGACGCGUGGAGCAGUGA